GUUGCGAUGGACACUGGAGGCGGUUGGCCUUGGUUUUUGCUUUCACUGCCGCUCCCAACGACCUGUCAUCGGGGUCCUGCGUAAGGUCCGGCUGGGCCGGGCUUGCGUGUGAGGUGGGAUGGACUGGUUGUCGGACCAAGUCCCCUGCAGUUGGCAGGAGUAUGGGGUGGAGUGAUGCACUGCCGGGCGCCCAGCAUCGUUCCACUUGUCGGAGACAUUGCUUCGGAAGGCGUUCUGCUCGUGGCUGCGUGCCCGAGCCGGGAGCCCCUUUCCAGGGGUUGGAACGACACAGCGCGGCCAGCGGGAGAUCCCCAAGGACAGAAUCGAAAGGUCGCAUCUUAUCUGUCAGUGCUGUGUGACAGCACCGCGACGGCACCUGCAGAGCCCGAACUAGGCUUUUGGUGUGUGCACCAGUGGGAUCGUAAGUCCCAGUCUGCAGCCCCCGGUCUGCGCCUGGCGUCCUGACACAAGUGGCAGUGCUCCCUUUUGCAGUCACCUGUGGCCCCGACAGGACCUUGUGUAUGAAUCUUCGAACCUAUAUUUUUGUGGUUCGUAAUGCCUCCUGCCUGGCUCUUUCAAGAUGGAGGGGCAACCUGUGGGAGAGCCUGCUCAAGUGGUGUCUAAAUUCAAACCUUCCACCAAGGUGGAGGGCACAGGACACUGGCUGGAGGAAGAUCAUGCUCGAAUAUGGGACGUUUUAAAGACAGAGGAGAGCUCGAUUCAGGACUGGGGUGAAGAGGUAGAGGAAGGAGCCGUUUACCAUGUCACCCUGAAAAGAGUCCAGAUCCAACAGGCUGCCAAUAAAGGAGCAAGAUGGCUAGGGGUUGAAGGGGACCAGCUCCCUCCAGGACACACGGUCAGUCAGUACGAGACCUGCAAGAUCAGGACCAUAAAAGCUGGCACCUUGCAGAAGCUUGUGGAGAACCUGCUGACAGCUUUCGGGGACAAUGACUUCACCUACAUCAGCAUCUUCCUGUCGACGUACAGAGGCUUUGCCUCCACUAAAGAAGUGUUGGGACUACUGCUGGACAGGUACGGGGACCUGACGAGCCCCAGCUGGGAAGAGGACGGGAGCCCCAGCUCGUCGGAGUCCAAGGCGGUGGUCAGGAACGCGAUCGCCUCCAUCCUCAGGGCCUGGCUGGACCAAUGCGCAGAGGACUUCCGAGAGCCCCCUCACUUCCCGUGCUUACAGAAACUGCUGGAUUAUCUCAAACAGAUGAUGCCCGGCUCUGACCCAGAGAGGAGAGCACAGAAUCUCCUCGAGCAGUUCCAGAAGCAAGAAGUGGAAACUGACAAUGGGUUCCCCAGCACCACGCCCUGCCGCCUGGAAGAGGAAGAGGAGCCGGAGGCCGGAGGGUCUGCAGAGUUCACGUGCUUCUCAGAGGACCUCGUGGCAGAGCAGCUGACCUACAUGGAUGCACAACUCUUCAAGAAAGUCGUGCCUCACCACUGCCUGGGCUGCAUUUGGUCUCAGAGGGACAAGAAGGAGAACAAGCACUUGGCUCCCACCAUCCGUGCCACCAUCUCCCAGUUCAAUACCCUCACCAAAUGCGUCGUCAGCACCAUCCUGGGGGGCAAAGAGCUCAAGACCCAGCAGAGAGCCAGAAUCAUCGAGAAGUGGAUUAACAUUGCUCACGAAUGCAGAAUCCUGAAGAAUUUUUCCUCCUUGCGGGCCAUCGUGUCGGCGCUGCAGUCCAAUUCCAUCUAUCGGUUAAAAAAGACCUGGGCUGCGGUCCCAAAAGACCGGAUGCUAAUGUUUGAAGAGCUUUCAGAUAUCUUCUCGGACCAUAACAACCACCUGACCAGCCGGGAGCUACUGAUGAAGGAAGGAACCUCGAAAUUUGCAAACCUGGACAGCAGUGUCAAAGAGAACCAGAAGCGGACUCAGAGGCGGCUUCAGCUCCAGAAGGACAUGGGCGUGAUGCAGGGCACCGUGCCCUACCUGGGCACCUUCCUGACCGACCUGACCAUGCUGGACACCGCUCUUCAGGACUACAUCGAGGGUGGGCUGAUAAACUUUGAGAAAAGGAGAAGGGAGUUUGAAGUGAUCGCCCAGAUAAAGCUCUUACAAUCUGCCUGCAACAGCUACUGCAUGACCCCAGAGCCCAAGUUCAUCCAGUGGUUCCAGAGGCAGCAGCUCCUGACAGAGGAGGAGAGCUACGCCCUGUCCUGUGAGAUCGAAGCAGCACCCGACGCCAGCGCCACCUCGCCCAAGCCUCGCAAGAGCAUGGUGAAGAGGCUCAGCCUGCUGUUCCUGGGGUCGGACGUUAUCACCAGUAGCACUCCCGCCAAGGAGCAGCCCAAGUCCGCUGCCAGCGGGAGCUCUGGCGAAAGCAUGGACUCCGUCAGCGUGUCGUCCUGCGAGUCGAACCACUCAGAGGCCGAGGAGGGCUCCAUCACGCCCAUGGACACGCCCGAUGAGCCUCAGAAAAAGCUCUCCGAGUCGUCCUCCUCGUGCUCCUCCAUCCAUUCCAUGGACACCAGCUCCUCAGGGAUGUCGUCCUUAGCCAACCCCCUGUCCUCCCCUCCGCCCUGCAACAACAACCCCAAAGUCCACAAGCGCUCCGUCUCCGUGACUUCCAUUACCUCGACGGCGCCGCCUCCCGUGUACAACCAGCAGCUCGAGGACUCCUGCAUCAUCCGCAUCAGCGUGGAGGACAACAACGGCAACAUGUACAAGAGCAUCAUGUUGACGAGCCAGGACAAAACCCCCGCGGUGAUCCAGAGGGCGAUGCUGAAGCACAACCUGGACUCCGACCCGGCCGAGGAGUACGAGCUGGUGCAGGUCAUCUCGGAGGACAAAGAGCUCGUGAUCCCAGACUCGGCAAACGUCUUCUAUGCCAUGAACAGCCAAGUGAACUUUGACUUCAUUCUACGCAAGAAGAACGCCACGGAAGACCAAGUGAAACUGCGUAGCCGGACCAGCCUGACCUUGCCCAGGACAGCAAAGCGGGGCUGCUGGAGCAACAGACACAGCAAAAUCACCCUCUGAAGGGGGGACCUCCGGCCCCGUGCUCGCCCACGGCGGCAGGGCGGGGCUGCGGACAGGCCGCGGGGACUGCAACUACCGUCCAGUGUUAGAGGGUCCUCAGUGACGUCAGCAGACACUCACUGAGCACCCGCGGUGCACAAGGCCUCGAGGGAUCGGAGGUGAAUCUGCCACGAAGAGGAGGAACGGUUCACCGAUUCUCCUCCACCCAUCUGAGACUGAAACUCGAAGUUAUCCACACUUACAAAUAUAUAUUACACAUAUCUGGUAUGUAUGUGUACAUAUAAAAUAUAUGAGAGACUUGGAUAUUCUGGAUUACGGAAAAAACAAAUUUGCACAACGGCCUGGGAAGUUGAGGUCACUUUCCACAGGGAGACAGAAGGAACUGAGAACCUGGUUUCCCGCCUGCCGAGUGAGUGGACCCGGUCCUGGGAGUGCAGAGAGUCCUUGUGCCGGCAUUACUCGGAGUCCAGACUGUUCCUCCUAAGGGAGACGACGAGUUUCCCGGUCAGGAGCCACCAGAGGGGAGCGGCUGCAGAGGUGGGCAGUGCCACGGGCUCCACGGAAGGCCGCUGUGGGAAGGGCUCGGACGAGCCCCUGGCUGCCGGCCUCUGCCCGCACCCCAGCCUCUGGCGGCCCCAGGGAGGAGCCUCGGAGGCCCAGCCCGCCCCCCUGUCCAGCGUCUGACAGUUGUGGAGUCCACACGGGCCCGUCCUGAUGCGUGGCAGCCGCACCGUGUUUCUGGUCCCCAUGACGGGCACGUCACAGCCGUCACUGCGCCGUUAGCCAUGUUCGCGGGUGACGCAGCCUUUGCCGAUUGCCUUCUGCACGUGAAACUCCGUGUCUGGAGCCUUUUGCCAUCUGGACCGCAGCAGCUCUGUGUUAUGUGCAAUCUGUUCCUCAGGUGUAGAAAGUCCUACUGCAACUGACUCUUAUCUGAUCAUUUUGAGCCUGUGAAAGAUUUCUAAGCAGGGCUGCUCCGUUAACAGCCCCUCGGAAGAUGCUGCCCGCGGACCGCAGCGCCCUGUUUUACGUACUAACUUUUGUAGCAUUACUGCGCCGCAUCACAGGGCCGGGCGGGGCCGGGCGGGGACGGGGCUGCGUUCCCAGGGGGCCCCGCUCUCCCGGAUGGAUUCAGUAACAUUUUUCUCCAGGUCCCCACACUUGCUGUCGCAGCGUCGCUGUCCCGUGACUGUCCCCUUCCAGAUCUGAGCUGUGCUGGGGUUGGAACUAAAAAGCCAUAUGUGGGAGGUUGACAUGUGUAAGAAGCACUUUCAGAAGGUUGCCCUUUUUAAGGAAAAAAAAUUCUCAAAAUACCAGUUUUUAUUCCAAAAAUAAAGAACGAAACCACAUACGAAGUGUA